AUGGGGCUGGAAAUUGAGGAUCUCAUUAUUCUUGUCCUUUUUAGUUUGUUGGCACUCAAACCAUUGGACGCAUGGAGGGUUAGUGACAAGGUGGCAAAAAGAUGUCUGAUUUUUGACAUGCAAAUGGGUACAUCAGAUUUGAAGAACAGCAUCUUGCAGAAGCUUAGCGUCUUUGGUAGCAAGUGGGUGAAGAAACUAUACUACAAGAUCCCCAUCGCAGUUGUCUCGACCGGUGUUAAGUAUGAUACCUUUGUGGUUAAGGCUGAUGAAGAUCUUAGGGUUUUGUUCCAUUGCGUAAGGAGUUUUCCGGAGAUCAGAAUCCAUGAGUUGUUCGCGAAGUUGGAGGACGGUGUUGAAAGUUCUGGGGCAUCCGCUCCAGUUCCUGGCUCGACUGCCGCCGGAGGUGCAUCUAGUUCGAUGCCUACGGUCAGACUGUAUCUUCCACCAGUAGCAUCCCCUUUAUUCGCGGCUGAUUUAGACCGAACAGAGGUUGUUAGUUCUGUACCUUUGGAGAAUGCAGCAGUCUUUGAGCCUCCUCACGAUGUCGGCACUGGGGGUGGCCUGUUAACUUAUAUGGAAGGCUUUGGUGGACCCGAUCGAGUAGAGAAUGCAAUGUGUGACGAUGACUCUGACCAGGAGCCUGUUGAUAUCGUAGGGGAUAGCGACGAUGACACAGGAAGAGGUGGUAACACAGUCGGGGGCUCUUCUACAGAAUUUCAGAUCGGGCAAUCAUUCCAGAACAAAGAUGAAGCUGUGCUGAGUGUGAAGGACUAUAGCAUCCGGGCAGACGCUGCGGUUACGGUAAAGGUAUUGCAACAAGCUACAGAAGCUGAUUACGGGUUCCGGCCUAGCUACAGGAAGGUUUGGAUGGCCAAGCAGAAGGCAGUGGCACAAAUAUAUGGCGAUUGGGAAGAGUCGUACGCGGACCUGCCACGUUGGAUCUUAGGGGUCCAGUCAACAAUGCCCGGAACAAUCACGGUGUUGAAGACCUCUCCCGUUCGGCUUCGUGGUGAGGUUGACGAGUCGACGUAUGGAGGGACGCUGCUGUUGGCGAUAGCGCAGGAUGGGAACUCGAACAUCCUACCGAUAGCAUUUGCCCUUGUGGAGGGAGAGAAUAUAGAGUCGUGGUCAUUCUUCUUGUCCAACCUACGAGAGCAUGUAACUCCUCAGGAGGGUAUCCUUGUUAUCUACGACAGGCAUAAUGGGAUCAAGGCAGCGCUUGAGGCACCGGAGAAUGGGUGGCUCCCUCCCUGUGCUUUCUGA